GCAUGUGUGUUUGUGAUUUAUAUUUUUAUUAUAAGACGUGUAACAGAAUGUAUGGAAUUACAUAUAAUAUAAAUAGUUCUAAUUAUUAAAAUAAUAGGAAGUUGUCAUUUUAAUUAAUUUACUCGAAAUGAAUGAAAUAGUUAACUGUUAUAGAUAUUGAAAAGAAAAACAAUUUAACCUCACUUUUUAGUGAUUGACAUAUGCAUGUGUUAUUAUAAUUAUGGCAAAAGUUAUUAAGAAAAAAACAAAAUUAAAGAGGUUAUCUACUAAAGAAGAAUUGGAGCUUUCUGAUAAAUCGGAAUUGAUAGAUAAAAUAUUACGAUUAGAAGCUUACAAUACGCAACUCCAAACGAUACUUAGAAAAAAUGAGACUAAACAAAUGGAGUCAACUAAAUGUAUUAAUACGUCUAAAAAGCAGUUUGAUUUUACAAAGUGUCAUAAAAGGCAUAUUUUAUUAAAAUUUUAUUACUUAGGCUGGGAUUAUGAUGGUUUUAUAUGUCAAGAAGGAAGUAAUAAUACCGUUGAAGAUUAUUUAUUUUAUUCUUUAAUUAAAAGUUGUCUCAUAGAAUCUCGUGAAAAAUCAAAUUAUCAUCGUUGUGGUAGAACAGACAAAGGUGUCAGUGCUUUCUCACAAGUUAUUAGUUUAGACAUACGUAGCAAAUUAGAACCAGAUAAACAAAAUGAUUUACAAAAUGAAUUGCCUUAUUGUAAAAUAUUAAAUCGUUUACUUCCUCAAAAUAUAAAAUGCAUAGCUUGGUGUCCAGUUCCUAGUGAUUUUUCCGCUAGAUUUGAUUGUAAAACUAGAACGUAUAAAUAUAUUUUUCCUCGUGGAAAAUUAAAUAUCGAUGCUAUGAAUAAAGCAGCUAAAUAUACUAUAGGAUUACAUGAUUUUCGUAAUAUUUGUAAAAUGGAUGUUGCUAAUGGCGUAGUCAAUUUUGAAAGAAGAAUAAUUGAUGCUACAGUUUCGGUAAAACAAAAUGAUAAUACGCAAAAUUCGGGAUACGACAUGUGCGAAUUAAAAAUAACAAGUCAUGCUUUCCUUUGGCAUCAGAUACGUUGUUUAAUGGGAGUAUUAUUAUUAGUAGGACAAGAAAAAGAAAAACCAGAAAUUAUUUUGAAAUUACUUGAUAUCGAUAAUAAUCCUUGUAAACCACAAUAUAAUCUAGCUUGUGAAAUUCCAUUAAAUCUUUAUCAUUCCGAAUAUGAAAAUAUCAAAUGGUAUUACGACGAAAAUGACCUUAUUAACGUUAUCAAAAUUUUACAAAAAGAUUGGUCAAUAAAUGCUGUAAAAUCGACGAUGAUCAAAGACAUGCUAAUGGAUUUAAAAAAUAUUCAAAAUUGUUCAGAUACAACGUUUCAAGAUAAUUUUUUACUACUUGGCGUUAAUUCUAAAGUUUAUCAACCUUUAAUGGAAAGAAUUACUUGCGAAAGUUUAGAAAAUAAGAUCAAACAUUACGAGAAAAAGCGUAAAUUAGAAUCAAUGAAUUUAAGUAAUACGUAAUACUUAAACAAAUGCGGAAUGUUUUUGGUAAGAAAAAUGUAAUUUUUUUUUUUUUUACAUUUUAAAAUUGACAAUAGAUGUAGUGUUAUUAAAAUUAUUAGGAGUAGUUUCUACUUGCAGUAAGAUUAUCAAAUAUGUCGUAAUUGCUCCACAAAACUAUAAUUAGAAAAAGAAU